CAGAACAAUGUGUGAGGUUGAACUGAACACGCGUGUGUAUGUAAAGAUGAUGCUCCAUGCUGCACGCUAUCUGCACAGUACAGUGAGCGGGGUUCUUCUGGGACAUCACACACCAUCCUGCCUGACUCUUGUUGAUUGUGUCCCUGUCUGCCACCUUCAGCUGCCACUCUCCCUGAGUCUUGAAGUGGCUCUGGCACAGAUAGACUCAUGGAGUGCUCUUCAAGGACUGGUUAUUGCUGGUUUUUAUCAAGCAAACGCUGGCCUUAGAGACACCAGCAUUAAUUCUGUGGCUCUCAAAGCAGCCUCCUUGAUAUCCGAAUACCAGGAGGAAGCAGUGCUCAUACUGAUGGAUAAUGAACGCCUGUCAUCCUAUCCUGGGGUCCCUCCUCUGACAGUCUUUCAUCAGAACGCCAGCAAACAGUGGGUCCCCAAAGAGAAAACCUUGGUAAUGUGGGGUCACUGGGAGGAAACUCAACGUAUUACAAGACACCUUCUUCAAGCCAAAGCCUACCAACAAUUGAUUGACUUUGACAAUCACUUGGAUGACAUUAGAGCUGACUGGACCAAUCAAGCGCUGAAUGUGGAAAUAGCAAGACUGUCUGCAGCAGCAAACGGCAGCGUGUAA